AUGGGAUCGAAAGGGUUCGCGUCGUGCCUGGUGCUGCUCCUCGUCGGGUCUUCCGGUGUUUUAGCGUUGCCUCGAGUGGUUGGUCAAGGAGAUGGGAAGUCGAACGUGCAGGUGCAUUACAACAUCACUAGUGCUAAGCUGGGACUUGCACCUACAGACGACGACGGGUUCGUCGAUUUCGAGUCACAUGGAGCUCCAGGACUCGGCAACGACCGGAAGCCCGGAUUCUGCUCCGACUGCGUUUGCGGAGGGACCUCCCGGAAAACCAGAAUCGUAGGUGGUGGAGUAUCGGGAUCUCGGGAAUUCCCGUGGGUGGUGAUCAUCAGACGAGAAAACGUGUACCACUGUGCAGGAACCCUGAUAACUCGCAGACACGUCGUCACGGCAGCCCACUGCCUGAAGAACUCCGUGGAGGGCGACUUCAUCAUCGUUCCCGGGGAGACCAACCGCGCCUCGGACCGACCUGGGGUAGAGCACAAAGUGAAGACCAUCUACUCUCACGAGAGGUUCAACCCCUACGACUUCAACAACGACAUCGCCGUCAUGGAACUGGAGACUCCUGUACAAUUGAGCUCUACCGUGCAAACCCUUUGUCUACCGGACAAUCAGUACGUCGAUUACACCGGUCGCAUGGCUACCGCAGUGGGAUGGGGAAGAACCGAAGAAGAUGGAAUAUUGUCCAGCCAAUUGUUGAAGGUAGACGUUCCCAUUCUGUCCCAGGAGGAGUGCGAUCGGUCAGGAUAUGCCGAGCACCGAGUGACGGAGAACAUGUUUUGUGCCGGAUAUCUGGAUGGAGGAAGAGACGCAUGUAGAGGCGACAGCGGGGGACCUCUUCAAGUUCUUGGACCCAAUGGGCAUUACGAGUUCGCAGGAAUUAUUUCCUGGGGUCGAGGAUGUGCCCGACCUCGUUUUCCUGGAGUCUACGCGAAGAUGACGAAUUAUUUGGGAUGGCUGAAGGAUCGUCUUCAAGGAGAAUGCGUCUGUCAUCCCGUUCCGUAAAUUAUCCGACCGGCCGCCAUUUUGGAUUUUUACCCUGGAACAGCCUGGCGAUGCGUUGCUCUCGAUAAUUCGAUUACACCCAAAAAGCAAGA